UGUAAAAAGUUAUAUUUCUAUCUAUAAUUUGAUAAGGAGAAGGAAUAUUAUUUAUUAUGGUAUUUAAAUUGUUAAUUAGGAUUAAAUUUCUUUAAUUAAAUUUUUUAAAUAUUUGUUCAACAAAUAUGGAAGAUCUGAUAGUGAAGAAAACCAAAGCCAAUAAAAAUUUAAGUUCGAGAAAGGAAUUGGAGCUUCUAGAUAAGAAUGAACUUAUUGAAAAGUUAUUGCAAUCAGAAGCCCAUAUAUUACAAUUAAAAAAUAUUAUUAAGAAAUCUAAUAUUUCUGAUGUAAAAAGUAGUACACCUAAAAAAUCAGGAAAAUCGUUUGACUUUUCUCAAUGCCGCAAACGACAUAUUCUUUUAAAGUUUUAUUAUUUAGGAUGGAAUUAUCAUGGUUUAGUUGAACAAGAAGAUACAACAAAAACUGUAGAGUAUCAUAUUUUUCAAGCAUUAAAACGGAGUUGUUUAAUAGAAAAUAGAGAAUCUUCGAAUUAUCAUCGUUGUGGUCGUACAGAUAAAGGUGUAAGUGCUUUCUCUCAAGUGAUCUCUCUUGAUGUUAGAAGUAGUUUAAAAGAUAAUCAGGAUUCUCAAGAUGAUAUUCAUCAAGAACUGCCAUAUUGUAAAAUAUUGAAUAGAAUUCUUCCUAAAGACAUUAAAUGUGUAGCUUGGGCUUCUGUUGAUUCUAAUUACUCAGCACGAUUCGACUGUAAAUUUCGAACCUACAAAUAUUUUUUUCCUCGAGGGAACCUAGAUAUCAAAGCAAUGAAUCAAGCCGCAAGCUAUCUCGUAGGCCAUCACGAUUUUAGAAAUAUUUGUAAAAUGGAUGUAGCUAAUGGUGUUGUGUCGUUUGAAAGAACGAUAAGUGAAGCUGAAAUUGUAUGUUCCAAUGACUGCUUAUCGAAUUUAAAUGAAACGGAAAGUGGAUACCAAAUGUAUCAAUUAGUAAUAAAAAGUCAAGCAUUUUUAUGGCAUCAAAUUCGUUGUAUAAUGGGCAUUUUGCUGUUAGUAGGCCAAAAGAAAGAAACACCUGAGAUUUUUCUUGAUUUAUUUGACAUUAAAGCUUGUCCUUGCAAACCACAAUAUAAUUUAGCACAUGAACUGCCUUUAAAUUUAUUUUAUUGCCACUAUGAUGAUGUAAAAUGGAUUUACGAUGAUACUGAAACUGAAUCAAUUAUUAAAACUCUUCAAGAAGACUGGACAUUAAAUGCUAUAAAAGCAACGAUGAUUGAACACAUGAUAAAUGAUCUCAAAAGUAACUUAAGAAAUCAUUGCGAUGAUUUAAAUUGUCAAGCUGACUGUUUGAUUCAAGGUGUGCAAUCGAAAGUUUAUCAACCUCUGAUGAAACGAGUCACCUGCGAGAGUCUGGAGAAUCGUAUAAAGCAUUUUGAAAAGAAAAGAAAAAUUGAAGUUCAGUCUAAUAAAACAACGAACGAUACAUAAAUGAACGAAUAUAUUUAAUUAUGUAGAUUUUAUUUAUUAAAAAUAAACAUAAAAAUUACUAUUUUUUUACAAAAA